AACAAAGAAGGUGAUGAAACAAACACUACCGUUGACAAUGGUGACGAUCCAUCAUUUGGCAAAUGUUACAUAGCUACGCAAGGUUGCCUUCCAAAUACUAUACAAGAUUUUUGGCACAUGGUGUACCAGGAGAAUACUCGUGUGAUUGUUAUGACUACCAAGGAAAUAGAAAGAGGAAAGAAUAAAUGUGCGCGGUAUUGGCCGGAAGAAGGAGAAACUUCCGAAUAUGGUAACGAAUGGAAAGUACGUGCUGUAUCUCGAACUUCAACCGCUGAUUAUACACUGCGCGAAUUUCUUUUACAAGGAACCAAACCGGAGUUUUCCGAGUCCAGAAGAAUUUAUCAUUACCACUUUCAAGCAUGGCCUGAUCACGGUGUUCCAUCAGAUCCUGGUUGCGUGCUGAACUUUUUACACGAUGUAAAUGCCAGGCAAGAAUUGAUUGCGGCAUCUUUGGCUCCAAAGGAUCAGGAUGAACCGUGCAUAGGACCAAUUCUCGUCCACUGUAGUGCUGGAAUUGGUAGAACUGGUACAUUUAUCGUUAUCGACAUGAUUUUAGAUCAAAUUAAACGUCAUGACAAAAUCAAGAAUUAAGCAAUCGGGUAUUUAUGCUUAAAUGUACUUUUAAGGAAAACAUCCCUUAGAAAAAAAAACGGUUUUAUUAUUUUAGAGCAAAUAUCGU